AUGGCCACCUCGCUCAAGAACGUCAUCGUGGUGGGCGGCUCCUACGUGGGCAAGGCCGCGGCGCAGGAACUCGCCCGGGUCAUUCCCGCAACACACCGAGUCCUGUUGAUCGAGCCCCAUAGCCACUUCCACCACCUGUUCGCUUUUCCUCGUUUUGCCGUCCUGUCCGGCCACGAACAAAAAGCCUUCAUCCCCUACACCCGCCUCUUCGCCGCCCUCCCCCACUCCACCCAGCACGCCACCGUCCAGGCGCGCGUCCUCUCCGUCCACCAGCAACAUGUCCACCUGGACCGCGACUGGCAGGGCCUGCGACAGAUCCCCUUCGAGUACCUCGUCGUCGCCACGGGCACGCGUCUGGCCGAGCCCGCCGCCAUGAAGGACGAGGACAAGCCCUCGUCCGUGCGGUACCUGCAGAAGCACCAGUCGGAUGUCAAGCAGGCCCGCUCCGUGGUGAUCGUGGGCGGAGGCGCCGUCGGGGUGCAGAUGGCCACCGAUAUGAAGGAGCUAUACCCGGAGAAGGAGAUCACCGUGGUGCAGUCGCGCGAGCACCUGAUGCCCCAGUUCCACCCGCGGCUCCAUGAGAUCGUCAAGAAGCGCUUCGAGGAGCUGGGCAUCCACCUUAUCACCGGCGCUCGCAUCGUCGUCCCCGAGGGCGGCUUCCCCAACCACGGCUCCCCGUUCACCGUCCAGCUCAACAACGGCUCCGAGCUGACCACCGACUUCGUCAUCCUGGCCACCGGCCAGAAGCCCAACAACGACCUCCUCCGCCAGCUGCCCGCCACCUCCGCCGACUCCCUCAUCAACCCGGACAAUGGCUUCAUCCGCAUCCGCCCCACCCUGCAGUUCCAGGACCCGCAGUACCCCAACCUCUUCGCCCUGGGCGACAUCGCCGACACGGGCCUGCGCAAGGCCGCCCGCCCCGGGGGUGGGCAGGCCGCCGCCGUGGCGAAGAACAUCCAGGCCAUGAUCGAGGGUCGCCAGCCGGAGGACGUCUUCCCGGCGUUCCCCAUGGCCAUCCACAUCACCCUGGGAUUGAAAUACAACAUCGUGUUCCGCAAUCCCAACCCGGCCGAGGGUCAGCCCGAGCCGGUGAUCAAGGAGUCGUGGGAUUCCCAGGCAGAUAUGGGCGUGGAGCGGUGGUGGGAGCGCAUGGGAUUCCAGGAGAAUGGGCCCUCCCAGUACCAUUUGUAA